AUGGACCCCUCCAAAGUCAAAAUCCCACCAAUGAAAGACCAAACAGUGGACAACAUCACCGACAAUGUAAUCACAAUCAACAGUCUCUGCGAAGACGAGCGCAUGAAAUACAUCCUCGAGCGCCUAGUAACACACCUGCACGACUUCGCCCGCGAAACCCGUCUCAGCAGCGACGAAUGGAUGACCGGCCUCCGCUUCCUAACCGAAGUAGGCCAGAUCUGCACAGACGUACGACAAGAAUUCAUCCUCCUGUCCGACGUACUGGGUCUAUCCAUCCUGGUCGACUCAAUCGACCACCCAAAGCCCAAGGGCUCCACAGAGGGAACCGUGCUGGGACCCUUCCACACGCACGACGCAGAGGAAAUGCCCGCCGGCGAUUCCAUGUCGCAUGAUCCCAAGGGCGAGCCCUUGCUGGUGGUCUGCACGCUGCGGGAUUUGCAGGGGAGGCCUGUGGAGGAUGUCAAGAUUGACAUCUGGGAGACGGAUUCGACGGGCCAUUAUGAUGUGCAGUAUGCGGGGAGGGAGGGGCCUGAUGGGCGGUGUAUUAUGCGCUCUGAUCGGGAGGGUGUCUUUUGGUUUAAGGCUAUUACGCCGGUGCCGUAUCCCAUUCCGCAUGAUGGCCCUGUUGGGAGGUUGUUGAAGAAGUUGCAUCGGCAUCCGUAUCGUCCUUCGCAUAUGCAUUUUAUGUUCGAGAAGGAGGGUUAUGAUCAUUUGAUUACCGCUCUCUACCUUCGCAACGACCCUUACGAAACUUCCGAUGCUGUCUUCGGCGUCAAGGAUUCCUUGACUGUGGAUAUUGGUAAGGCAGAUGCUGAGAUUGCUAAGAAAUAUAACGUUCCAGAGGGCCAUGCUCUUCUCACUUAUGACUUUGUGCUUGUGUCUGAUGAAGAGACGAGCAAGUUGCGUGCGCAUAACUCCAAAGUCGCGUUGGACAAGCUAGGCCGGAAAGUCAAGAUUGUCAAUGGGCUGCCUGUGCCGGAUCUGGAUUAG